UCGGACGGCAGUAAGUCGUCUGCCGUCAAAUAAUUAAACAAAAUUAAAUAGUGAAAAGUGCAACAUGGCUAAACUAUUAGUGCUCCUUACCCUUGCGGCAGUCGCCAGUGCAAACUCAUAUACCGCCUCCAAAUUAGUAAAGAACAUUUACAACGAAUGUUUGAGCCAAUAUUCGGUGGAAUGUGUGAAACCGAGAACCCUGCAGUGGAUUUCGCAAGUGUCCAACGAUGACGAGAUCAAGAUCACAGACGACCUCUCCAUUGUCAAGACUGCGACCCUGGAGGAUGACAUGGGAGUCGACCCCAGGAUGGCACAGGAUCCAGCUUACCAGAUUGUGGAUAAAGUAGACCGGUUCCUCCAGACCCAUACGCUCAAAGUGAAAGUUCCUGAGGAAAUUUCGAACAGUGCUGCGUCUGAGUAUGUGCCAAGGUCCUUGCUUACGGAUCUGCCUUCGGAAUUGGAAAUGCCUCUGGAUGGUGAAGAAGACGGUCAAGUGUUCGAGGGCAGGAAGAAGAAGAUCAAGCUCCCCAAGCCUUUGAGGAUCAAGAGCAAGCACGGUUUCAUCAAGAAGGUGCUGCUGCCCUUCCUCCUCGGCUUAAAGUUCAAGGCUUCCGUGCUGGUCCCUCUGGCUCUUGCCCUCAUCGCUCUCAAGACAUGGAAGGCUCUGACCCUGGGUCUCAUCUCAUUGGUUCUUUCCGGUGCCAUGGUAAUCUUCAAAUUCACGAAACCCAAGGUCGUGAACUACGAAGUUAUUCACUACCCACAGCACCACGUUGAGCACCAUGUAGACCACCAUGCCCCAGGAUGGGAUGCCCACGGACCGUACCAGGCCAGGACCUUCGAAGACGCCCACGAAAUGGCCUACUCCGCACAAAUAUAAACAAAAUGAAACAAAUAGCUUUAAAACUACGGACCUCUGACUAAAUUAUUAAAUUAUUUAUUUAUUUAAUUUAAUUUAUCUUAAUAAUGUAAAUAAAAUUCUGUAUAAAGUAAGUUUCACAUUC